GUUCAUAUGCCAGAUGGAUCCCUUGCUCUUCUGGCAGACCUGCCAGUCGAGCUUUACGAGACCAUAAUUGGUCAUCUUUCAGCGGACGACCUCACGCCAACGCUUCUAUCCCUGUCUCGGGCCAUUCCGCGAUCGCCUGUUCCUCUCCAUCUCUUGCUCAGAACUGUUCAGAUAUCCCGUCCUGAACAGGUCGUUCAACUACAUCGUCGCUUGCAUCGAGCAACAGAAGAACGUUCGUGGGUCCAUCAUCUGUCUUUGCACAGCUGGACUCUUGAUCCGGAUGUGGUCAUCAAUCUCAUCAAGCUCCUUCCUUCGAUCAUCACACUUCGCGUACACAUCGGCUUGACGUUCGGUCCUGAGCAUGUUCAAGAGCUCGUUCAAAAGCCACUUCCUGACCUCAAAUGUCUCGUGCUUCGUUUUCGACCCUAUGUGCAGAGGGCUACUUAUUACCAGUUCCUGAAGGGAGCAUAUUACGAUCCCGUUCUCACCGUGCUGGCUGCCUGGCCGACGUCCUCGCUGGCGAGACUGUCCAUCGUACAAGACCCGCUGGACGCAGAGAUAUCUAAGCAGCAGCGCUUCGCGCAGCCACUCGUUUUCUUCCGGCUCGAUCCCCUGACCACUCUCAUCAAUUCGCCUUGCCUCCGACCCCUCAUAUCCCUCCGAAUAUCCGUCCCGUCCCGCCAGGUCGUGAGGUUCAUCUGCAACGUGACGAAAUCCGUCCCCCGCCUGGACCUGCUCGAUCUGUCGACAUGCAACAUCUCGCUUAACGAUAUCGAGGUUAUCACAUCGAGCUUCCCCGACCUGCGCCAUCUUGUCCUGGACCGCUGCGACGUCGGGCGGGUGAUCGCCCUUCGAGGGGGCUGGUCAGCGCUUGGCAAGGCGUGCGCGCUCAGCACCGUCAAACGGGCGAAAGACCGAGAGAAGAAACUCAAAACCUGGCUUGAGCGUAACCCAUCUUUAAGUCCCGCCCCAGCGCCGCCAGCCGCAGUGCAGAAUGCUAUGUAUAGGAGAUCGGCCAAGGCAGGUCGAAAGGGUGUGGCCACGGCUACUAUAUCCUUGCGGGAGCCGUCGUCUUCUUCAGCACAGGCCCCACCGCCUGCCAGACCUCCUGGUGGGACGAACGUGGUCAAGGUUCGCAUUUAUCCAUCGACGCCGAAGAUUUCGAGCAUUAAUACGUCCGAACCGGACGCGGAGUACGAAGUCGCUCGUGGCGAGUUUGAGGAAGGCUGGGAAGACGGUAUCACGCAGGUGUUCGCGGUACGCAAUCGGCUCCACACGUCAUGGAAGAACAAGAUCAAGGUUAUGCGGUUCACCGAGGAAACUAUAUCUGGGGAGGGUUUCGAUGGAUUGGAGGAUAUACCUGAUGCUGAAUACUUCGAUGGGGCGAUAGCAGAGCUUGCUGCGGUGAGGACGCCUCUUUUGUGCCUUUCAGGAGUAGGCGCAGGAGGAAGCGAGCAUGCUCUCCGAUGUGGUCACAAGGAGGUGGAGACGGCAUGGGGCGAUGCCUAUCAAUAAGUGGAUUGCUCUGUAGAUGAGCGUAUUGCUCGGACGUUAGAAACCAAUAGAUUAGUACCCUAGAAGAUAUAGAUUUCUAGCAUCUACAUGUAUGAGUUCCAAUAUAGAUCUAAAAGUUGGCGUUAAGAAAAGAAGGUCUUCAGCCAAUUGGCCUCCUUCUCCAUUUCCUCCAUGGUUCUAGCUGGCCGCAGCUCGUCUGCGUCUACGCGCAAUGGUUGGAAAUUCUGUUGCUGAACGGUCGUAAGGUCAUCCUGAAGAUGAGCCUCAGAGGACUCUAGGGCGGGGUAUAUGUCAUCGUUGCGGGAGAAGAAGUCGCCUUUAGCUUUCCGAGGCAUGACAUGAAAGUGGAUGUGGGAUACAGAUUGGCCAGCAGCUUGUCCGUCUUGGCAUGCAAUGGUCAAUGCAUCGCCUUGGUACGCUUUCUCAACGACACGUCCGACGCUCUGGACGGAGGUCAUGAGAGACGUGAGUUCAGGUGGGGAGAGAUCGGUGAGGCGGGCGACGGGCCGCGUUGGGAUGACAAGGACAUCUGAGAGAGGGCGAAAUGCAAACCUUGUGGUCAGGCCGCUUUGCAGGAGUGACAUGGUCUCAUGAGAGCGAUGGCAACAUCGAGUCUGACUUACGCCCGGGCACGAGUGGCUUGAGGUUGACUAUGGCAUACGACAGAGCAGUCCGAUGGAAGGCCUGCUUGGUGACCUCGAUAGUUGAGAAGAAGAGAGGCGUGGACAUCAGCAUCACUGGGGCAAAGG